AUGCUGGGUUUAGAUACAAGGAAACUAUCCUACGGCGGGAAUUGGAAAUUUUUAACUUACGUGAAUUUGGUGUUGCAGACCGUGUUCUUCGGACUGUGUGUCCUGAUCGACAUGCACACUAUAAUCGUGCCCUUGGUGCUUGUGCAGAUGUACAUUCAGAAUCAUGUAUAUCCUUCUAGACUUAAAAGUGUCCCAUUGAUUUGCUUCUCUGGUGUACUUUGUAUAUCAUGGCUCCAAUGGGUGCACCAUGCAUCAGGUAUUUGGGUCUACACCUUCCUCGGCGAAAUAAGUCUUAUGAGUAGACUUGUAAUUAGUGGAGUUACUCUUGGUUUACUUCUUCUAAUGCAUCUGCUCGGGCAGGAACUUAGUGGCAGAAUCUGGGGCAAUCUAGGGACUCAAAAGAAAAGGAAUUAGAAGACUAAAGCUCUGAGCCAAGGAGACAUUGGAUGCCAGAGAUGGUGAAGAACUAUACAUCUUGUAUAUGUUCAUCCCCCCUUGCCUUACUUUACACAAUGUUCAGUUUCAUUUUGACACAAGCAAUAUAUAUACAUUUUUUCGAAUGCUCUCACAGAACUAUAA